GGCCCGCCCCCUCAGCACACAGCUUAAGCCAGUGGUGAGGCUGCUUUCCUGCAUGGAGGCGUUGCUUUCAGGCUUAGCCGCCUGGUUGCCUAGGGAACCGUGCAGCAGAGACAGGCGGAUUGGGGAAAAGAAAGCGUUUCCAGGUCAGCUCAGUCAUGGAGAGAGCAGCAGAGAGACAAAGAGCAGACAGAGAGGUGGUGGUGGACGACAAAGGCUUGGUGGAAAAGCAGUGGGAGGAGGCAGAGGUGCUGGCUCUCAUAUCAGUGUGGGACGAGGUGGGUGCUCAGCACGUAUCCGAAAGCAGGAGCACGUACGAGCUGAUCUCAGAGCGUCUGAGGAGGCUCAGCAUUGUGCGCAAAUGGUGGGAGUGUCAGGCCCAGUGCAGGAGCCUGGGGCUCCAGAGCAGGAAGUGUGACGCAGCAGCAACAAAAUACAGCCCAGGAGGAGGAGAAGAAGAGGAGGACAGGCUGGAGGAGGGCUGGGAGGAAGACGAGGAUGAGGGGACUCAGAGAGGGAGCUACCCUUCCUCAGUCUCUAACCCCACGGAGGCAGGUAAAUGAGAAGUGCAACCCAGACUCAGAUCAGCUAAUCAGGGGGUGGGCGCUGAGACCCAAUAAGUAUGUUUUGUCUCAUUUAUCAAUUUUUUCAGCAUUUAUAUCCAAAGAUUUAUUACUAAUUUAUAUUAUGCACUCAGUUUUAGGAGUUUCAGUCUAAUGAAGGUUGAGAGAAAAGCACUUGUGCAGGUACUUUGCCCUUAACUUGCAGUUCCGCCACUUUUGCAUGAGACCAAUCUCACUAAAAAUGAGUGGCAAUUUUUUAAACUUCAAAGGUUUCUGUAUAUUCAAAAACUUAAAAUAUGAACAAUUUUUUAAUUUAAGAAGAUAUAGGAUGUUUAGUGAGGGAGCUGCAUGAUGAAAUGCUUCUCACAGCAGAUCAGAAACUUAGGUUACUUUACGAUGAGGAUGUCUUUUUGUGUUCAUGUUAAAGAAGCUUUUAGUGGAGUUUGUACCAUUUAGAUAUGACUCUUUAUCUCAACUCAAACAAUAUAAGCCAGAUAAACUGACAUCAGUGAAUAUUUCUGCUCGUCCUCAGAUGUUUGAUGAUGACUCAAAUGGUUCAAAUAGUCACACUGUAAUUGAUGCAAAUGUUGCUGCUUUCCUCUAAAAGAAAUGUUUGAUAUUUUGAGUUUUGCCUAAAGCAUUUUAGCAAAAACAUUGAGGAGGAGAAAAUUAACAGGCAUUUUUGACACGGAAGUUUGCAGUAGAAAAUUUUUACUUAAAAUACAUUUCCAAUAAAUGAUGAAUUCAUAUCAAUACUUCCAACAAGCUGCUUUGUUUUUGAAGGCCACCGGACUCAAAUCCACAGACCUUCCCCUUACAAUCCCAGUGUGACAGAGGAGGGAGGCCGCCACUGGACUGAUGACGAGGUUCGAGCCUUGCUGUGUGUCUGGGCCGACCGCCGGGUCAGAGAACGCCUGAAGAGCACGUUACGCAACAAAUGCAUCUUCCAGGAAAUGUCCUAUCAGAUGCAGAGGAACUUUGGUGUGGUGCGAAACUGGAAACAAUGUCGGACUAAAUACAAGAACCUAAAGUAUGACUACAAGACGGCAAAAAGCGCUCAUGCUGCUGCAGAAAACGGCUCAGGAGGGCCUGGGAAGUACAUGAAGUUCUUUGAUGAGGUGGACGCCAUCCUGCUGGACCGCGGGCUGGAGGACGGGAUGGUGGAGAUGCAGAAGAGGCUGUAUGAUGGAGAAUUGGUGCCACAGAGACUGCCGACUCCAGGAUCAGAGAGUGAGGUUGUCAUUGAAAUCGAUGAUGGUAAGUUUUCAGUCUGCAGGACUUUCAGUAGUUUUUCUUUCUAGACUGACAGAAAAAUUAAGUUUUAUUCUGCUUCUUUUUGUUUAGACAGUAAUGAUUGUGACAUAAACGGAGAUGGAGAAGCAAAGUGGAAAAGAACGGGUAUGCAACACCAUUAACUACAAGUGUAAUGAUGCAUGGAUCAGUGCAUCUCAGCUGACAACAAUCUGUUAUAAAUGCCUAAAUGUAACAUGAAAACAUCCUUUACUAUCAUAGUUUUUAUGCGAAACGGUUUUAUGGUUUGAGGGCCACAUAAAUCUCUUGUCUUGGGCGCAAUCCAAACUAUUCAGUGAAAUGUGUGGAGGAAGAAAAAAGACCCACAGAACAGACUUCCAACAAAAAUCUAUAUUCCAAAAUUUUACAAUAAUUUCUAUUUGAUUAAAGCCACAAGCCUUGGUCAAGAUCUAAGGUCCCAAUAAGAAGAAGUGUGAACUGCGUUUUGUGUGAAGACGACCAUUGUGUACCAUUGUGUUCUGCAAGGUGGAGUUAUUAUGCAGAUAACGACCGUCUCUUUUACCAAACCCCUCAGCUAGCUGGCUACCUGCAUGCUAACUGAGCACAGCCUGUUUGCCGAGCUUGUGACAUCUGUCUCUACUGUUUACUUAUCUUGAGGAGUGAGGAGUCUUUGCUCUCACACUAGCUCUCAGCAAGGUUAAUUUACCUUAUAGGUAUAUCAUCAUUAAAUUUAAAUGCGUGAUCUUGAUGAGGGAGAAAAGUCUGAAAAGUUGCUGUUUCGCCUCUUGCAGCCUAAUCAGGGCCUGAGUCCAAUAAUAGAUUUUUUUUUUUUUUUUGUGCUGUUAAAGUUACAUUUUUUAAUUUUCAGUGAACUAACACACCUAUAUAAAACUCGAUUACAAAGAGUGUAGUGCUUUCACUUCUGGUUGUAGCAGUAGGUCUGUAAGGCAACUUUAAAGGGAAAAUCUGUCAGCAGCAACUCUGGACUGGAAAAUGUUACUUUGGUUAGUUGAAAGGUGAUCAGGUACUGAGCUGCACCUAUAAACGCUGUAUUAUAAACAGUAUGAUUUUCUCUCUAGUGCAGUAGUCUGGAUCAAACAGAAGAUGUUUGAAAAGGCUUAUAGACAGCUGUUAUGAUUGCAAAAUUUUCAAUUGAACCCCUCAGUGAUCUGGCAAAUUGGAUUGGUUACCUGGGAUCAGAUUCUGCUUUGCAAUUGUUCUUGGCAAAGCUGAUAUUGAGGGUCCCGCCCCUUCUUGAUUAUGAUUGGUAAAGACAGAGAAGGGACACUGGUGAGCAUGGCAAUGCUCUGAAAGUUGAAAUAUUUUUAGUGUGUGUAACAAAACAACCAAAUAACAAACUAAAGAAAACACAGCUAACAUUGUGUUCAGGGUGUUGAGUGACGCUGCCAAUGCAAAAAAUGCUUUUAGUGGACACAGGCCCUUACAUGAGAAAAUAGUAUGAACUAUUGGAUUGUUCUUCAUUAUAACAGGGAAUGCAAUUCUGUAAUCAUGCUGGUUCAAAGUCAAAUUUUCUAGCUGACACAAAACUUUUGUUUGUCACUCAUAAAUCCAAAUAUCCAAAAUCUGUUUAUAUAACUUCUAUACUAAACAGAGUAUUAUUGACCUUAAGUUCGGCUGUAUUUGACUGAAUCAAAAUGGUGUAAAGUCACAAGUUUAAACCCAGCCUUACAUCAAACAGGUAAAAUGUUCACACACUGAAUGAGACAUGUUGCAUUUUAUAUAAAAGUUUUACAUAUUUGUUGCAAUAAACUCAGACUUUGUUUCAAUAUAAAUGUUUGUUUUUGUGAAAACGACUUUCUAAUCGAUUGUUCAGCCUCACUGUUCUACUUGUAUCCUCUUAUCUGAUCUGUAUAACUUUUAUAUCCUGGUUCAUCUUUCACCCUUUAGAUCACCCCGAUCACUUCCACGUGGUCACCGUGCCAGAUGCGGGCCGAAACUGGAGUGAACAGGAGGUCCGAGCUCUGGUUCAAGUCUGGUCCGACGAGCGUGUGUGCCGGCAGCUGGAGAGCUCAACCAGAAAGAGAGACAUCUUCGUCCAGAUCUCCAACAGACUGAUGCAGCAGGGCAUCGAUCGUGACUGGAAGCAGUGUCACACAAAGUACAAAAACCUCAAGUACCUCUACCGCUCGCUCCAGAGAGGGAUGACCGAAGAAACUGACCCCAGGAAGAUCAUGAGGUUCUACAACGAGGUGGAUGCGAUAAUGAACCGCACAAGAAACGGUUCCUCAAGGAAUGCACCUGCUGCAAAUAACAAAGACUCAGAAAGACACUCCAUGUCUGAGAACUGUGAGGACAACGAGAACAUAGAUGUCAAUCCGACCAAGAUAAACUCAGACAGUACUACAGCAUCAGAGAUGGAGGAAAAGACCUGUAGUUCGGAUUCUGUGUCCUCUGAGGGCCCCAAUGUUCCUGCAAAUAACAAACAAAAAAGAAUCCAGCCGGUCCUGGGGGAGCGCACAGAUCUUCGGCAUGAACUCAAGAGUAAGCACAAAAGUCAUCUAUUUAUGUCUGAUGAAUGUAAGACUGUGCUUCCGUGGAAACUGUAGAAAUUUGCAUUUUGAAAAAAAAAAAACAUUUUUCUGUGAGAGUUUGAGAAUCUCUGAGAGCUGCAUACCACAAAAUCACGAACAGACGUGAAGGUCUCCACUGUCUUUAUAAAUCUGGGAUGGAAAACUCCCAAUCACAGCAUGAAAUGUGAAGGCCACACAUCAAGAAAGCUUCUUAUUUCUCAGAGUUCUAACUCUUCUUUAAGAAAUGCAACUUUUUCACAUAAUUUUACGAGCAAAAUCUGUGUUCCGAAUUUUUCGCAGAUUUGAAACUUUUUUUAAAAAAGAUCAAAAUCUGGAUUCUCAUGUAUUUUGGAUGGAAUUUUGACAUUUUUCUUUUUAGAAUUCCACUUUUAUUUUCAGAAUAUUAAAAGGGGAAUCCAAAAGUGAGACCUUUUCUCUUUCAGUUAACAAGGCCAAGGACAGCAAAUUUAUUGUGACACAAGGUUUCUGAUACAUAACUAUAAAACAAUUAAUCAUUGAUGUGUCACACCAUAGUCAACUGAGAGAUGCUGCAAUUAAAUCAUUAGCACCACCAUGAGGAUGCAUGAAGUAGGGAUACAGUGAGUCAAACUAAAGGAGACAAUAAAAAGUCAAAUGGGUCUCUGAUGUUACACUGAUUUAUCCUAGCUCUAUAUGAACAUCUGUCUUGUCAGAGGGGGUCACAUAAUCUCAACAUUGUUUCAUUGAUAUUUUGCUUUGAGAAAAGUCCUUGUGUGUUGGUUUCUCACUGUUCUUUCCUUUAUCUACAGGUCCCUCAGAAAACAGUGAAGAGCCAGAGAAAAAGACUGUUUCACCAAGCAGAAGAAAGAGAAAGUCUACGGAUCAAGGUCUGAAAUGUGCCUCCAUCUGUUAUCACUUUGUGUGUCACAUGUCGUCCUCAUUGACUGAAGCGUUUGUAGAUUGUGACCCAGUCCCAUGAUGAGGCUGAUAAUGAAGUAAGGACACAGUGGUGACUGCUAACAUAAGGCACGAGUCUGGAGGGAGUUCAGUGAAAGAUGAAGAAGCUCAGAAGUACUGUAUACGCAUUAGUCGGUAAAAUGGGGAUAAUGACCACCCUGCAUUUUCUUCUGUUUCAGACUCUGCAGUUGAAAUUGCAUCGAAAAAGCUGAACUCACACUCUGGAUCUGCUGAUAACAUGGGGGUCCAAUGUAAAGAAGAGGAGGAUCACAUCCCCAUAAUAAAGAUCAAUUCAGUCCGGUCAAUGGCCUCUCCUGACCAGUCCCCUGACAGACAGGUGAUAACUGCUAUUAUCUCCCAUGAAAUAUCUUUAGACUAUGAGACCAUAGUUUAUCUCUUUGAGCUGUGAAGAUUUAUAAGGUUAUUUUUAUCUUUUUAUAUUGACAUUAGAAACAAUAUGAUUCAUUAAUUUAAUCUAGGAAAAAAAAUCUGCAUCUUGAUUUGUUCUGAGUAAAAUCGAGUAUCUGACCUGUUGAGGGUAUUUAAAUAUUUAAAUGCAAAUCUUCAACCAGAUUUGACACGUGUUGUACAUUUUCAAAAUGGCAUACUCUUGACAGUAAUCAUUUAAAUCGUAUUUUCUCAGGUAACUGUUGUGUUGCCUAAUAAUUACCAUUGUUAGAGUACAUUUUUCUCAACCAAUUUAUUACUUUGUCUAGCACUAGCGCUUACAAAAACAGUGAUUUACAGAGUUCCUUGACGAUUUGCAAAUGAAAUGAAGUAUAAGAACAGAGCCAUAAAAAUUUCACCCAAAGAACACAGAAGAAACCAAGAGCAUUUCAUUUGAAGCUAAGAAACUUCUCCUAAAACCCCAGAAUUAUCUAAAUAAACCCAAACAUCCAAGAAUAUUUCCAUAAAAAUGUCUUCUGUCCACAACCAAAGACAGACAACAAAUUGUCAUACAGGAGUUUAAAUAUCUGGUUUUCUUGCAUUAAAGAGUUAAUUUGUAGAAUGUGGGCACCAUUUUCAUGGACAAAAGUCGAACUGGUUAAUCGAUUAUUGAACUAGUAAGUGAUUCAUCUGUUGGUCGACCAAAAGGCAAUUAAUUGUUGCCGGUUUCAUGCCAUUUGUUAAAAAAUUUCCUGGCUUCUUGCUACGUUAUUGAGACAUAACUAUGAGAAACAAUGUGGCCUCGAGUCACGAGAAAUUCUUUCACACUAUACUCACCAAAACAAAGACUUUAUGUGAGUCCGGAAUGAGACACUUAAGGUGGCCUGUUUCCUUCCCAAUAAUGUGAUAAAUUCCACUUUUACAGUAAACAAUUUAUGAUUUUGUCACUAAAAUAUUGGGUUUUGGGAAUUUUUGCAACUUCAGACUUUUUUAGAGUAUACUUCUUGUGCAUUACAUCCCAAAGCUGUAAAGAAAGGCUCUUGAUUUGACCUGUCACUGAUGUAUGCCACCCAUGGAGCACACACCUGUCCUUGACUCACCUGUGCUGUAACGCCACCAGUCCCAGAGUCAACACCUGAGCCACCUCCAGCUGCGUGGGCCACUCUCCGGCCGCCACACACCCGAAAACCCCGCACUCCUCCCCAAUACCGGACUCCUCAAACUCCAUCCCGCAGCGGUCUGUCCAGGUGCUCCUACCGGUGCGUCUCGUGCCGUGGUUGCCGCGAGUUAUCAGCGCGUGCGUAACAGAAGCAGCAACCAAACACGUGCUGUCAGGGUAGAGUUAGCGGUGUAACGUGGCUCUUCAAAACCGGAUAAACUUAGUCGACAUUGUCAAAGUAGACUGGAAAAUACAAAUAGGUGUUAAAGAAACCAUCACCGAGUACAGCUUUAUGAGGAACACCAGGCCUCCAUUUCUGCUGUCACUUAAAUUAAUCCAAAAGUGUUUAAUCAAACAUGUUAUCUAGUGAAACGCACGUGGUACCCCUCGAGGAAGUUGAUGACGACUAAUCGAAUUCACUUCCGAUCAAAACCGCAGAAAUCUUUUCCUUUGUUUUUUUCUACUGUCUCCACGGGGAGAAAACGGGUUCACUUUGUGGAUAAACUACAAAAACUCCUUCGUCUAGCAGAUAUUUGGUGCUGGAGCAUCUCCCCCUCACGUGGUGAAAAUGCGCCACUGUGAUUGGCUGCCUCCUUGAGAUAAGGGCAGUGAUUGGUUCUCAGAGCACGUAGCGCAAACUCCACUUCCCUCUUGAGCUGCAUGCACGCCUCCCACUGUCUCUUCAUUCUCAAACUCUCCAAAGUUUGUCUUUCAGAGCUGCGAGUCGCUGAAUAACUCCACCAUGGAAGCCCCACAAGGUAUAAAACAAUGAAAGCUAACUCUGUCGAGUAUUUUAAACUUAAUUUACAGCGUUUUCUUGAUGCAUUUCUUGUUUGAAUGUGUGUUUUGUUGCUUUUAUAGAGUUGAAAACCGGCCAAAAGCUGAAUGAGGGAAAGACGAAGCAGAUUUUCGAGCUUGUGGACGAGCCGGGGCUGGUUCUGGUUCAGUCCAAAGACCAGAUCACCGCCGGGAAUGCAGUGAGGAAAGACCAAAUGGAGGGGAAAGCUGCCAUCGCAAACAAGACCACGAGCUGCGUGUUCAAGCUGCUGCAGGACUCUGGUUUGUACAACUUAAGUCAUUCAUUCAGGAACAAAGUGAUCUGAUAGUAAGGUGUGGAGCAGGUGAGUCAUAAUCACAUCGAGGCCACUUAACCACAUGCUGAAAAUUACUAAGUGUUUACUGUACCGCUCAGUAUGUAAAAAAAAAUGUGUAAAAAAAACACCCCCCUGUUACACAACUUUGUUUUCGUGAAAAACUGCCUUUAUUUUGAGGUUCCUGAAGGCAUCAAUGCUGUAUGGAAACCCAUUACUGCCAUUAAAGACCACUAAGUCCUGAUCAGACCUUAAACUGAAAUAAAAUAUCAAACCUAUAACAAUUCAAGUUUAUGUUGCACAGUAUAACUGAAACAACAAUGGAGGCAGCAGAGGUCAUGACCAAAAAAGUCAAAAUAAUGAAACAAAGUUGAUAUAUAUUUUACAGAAAGUCCGAUUUUGAAAUGGACAUCAAAAACUAUAGCAUUCAAAGUUGUAAAAUGAGAGAGAUGAAAUAUCACCCAGAAAAUUAAAAUGAAGUUAGACAAUACAGUGUGAGAUAGCAAGUCAAAGUUAUGAAGUAAAAACUUAAAGAAUGAGAAAGAAAAUAUAUUAUGAAACAGAAGUUUGAAAUAUGAGAGAAAAUCAUAAUGGAAUAGUGAGUUAGAAUAUGAUACAAAAAAACUCAAAAUUAUGAAGCAGAGAGUUGUGAUAUGAGAAAAUGAAAUAGAGAAUUCAAAUUUAAACGUAGUCAAAAAAUAUGAGAAAUUUCAAAAUGAUCAGACAAAAGGUAAUAAGGAAAUAUAAAGUUGAAAUACUGGACAGAAAAUCAAAAUAAUGGAAUAGAAAGGAAAGUAUAAGAGAACGUUUAAGUAAGGUGUACAAAGUCAACAUUUAGAAUAUGAACAUCAUAAAUAUGAGUUGAAAAGUAAAUCAAAAUAAUUAGAGGUACAAAAUAAUCAAUGUAAAAUUAUGAAAUGAAAAUUAUUUUUUUCUUUGGGCUCCUGUGAGGAACUUUCAAUUUAAGGCCCCUUGGGGGCAAAGCAGUUUUUGCUCAUCUUGUCCACUAAUUGCGUAAGUAGCGACUUUUGACGAAAACUUUCAGCCUGCUAACUUUUAACUAAUACAUGUUUAAUUUAUUAAGAAUAUCUUUUUUAUAUGAAAAUUCUAUUUACAUGGGUUUUUUACUGUUUAGCUGACCUCUACCCCCUCACACUGGUUAAGGCAUUAAAAGUUGAGACAUAAGGCCUUGUUUGCCUUGUAGAUUUAAUGAAAAGGCAUCAAUAUGAGUUUCAGUCUGUUUCAUAAAUAUUAAAAAAAAACUGCUUAUGGGAGCUUUAAAUUAUGUGUUUUAAUGACAUUUUUAGGACUUUAUAUGGGGAUGUUUCAAUGAAGUAGGCUAAAUUUUUAUCUUAUUUCCCUAUCCUACUAAAAACAGGCCAUCAAAGAAGUGUGACCUUAUUGAUUGAGUUUAAAGGGUCAGUGAGGUGACGGUUCGGAGAGAAAGACCACCUUUGGCCUGUUUACAUACCUGAAGCUGUUGGGAAACAGACUUCUGCCAGUUUCAGCGAUUCAGAGUGUUUGAGGUUAAGCCCCUGAUCUUAUCCCAGAAAUAUUAUCAGUGACAUUGAUUCAAACGUCAAUAAAAUAGUAGGGUUUUAGCUUACACCAAUUUUUUUUUUUCAAGGUAAAUGUUUUGAUUGUUUGGUCCAUAAAAUGACAGAACUGGUGAAAACAAAGCUGGAUGUAGUGUUUUCACAAAUUAUAUUCUGCCCAUAAUCCAACAUUAUUCUGUGUACUUAAGUGACAUAGAAAGCUGUUUUUUUACAGAUUGACAUAUUAACACUCACACAUAAAGCAAACAGAAGAAAAAGAGGAAAGCCAACAAGUCAUUUAAAAGAGGCAAGGAGAAGGUGGGAGCAGGUUUGAACAAGGAGCAUGAACAGCAUGAACAACACCACUUAUUUUGUUAUCCAAGAAAAAUAACUAAUUUCUUCUUCUUAAGGAAGCAAUAGUAAGGUUAAGUAACAUGUUAACAAUCACUGUGUAUGGAAAAAAAGUAAUAACUCUUAAAUGAUCAGUGUUUUGUAAAUAUUUCUACAGUAUUUGUAAGUGCACGUGAUCCCUGGAGUAAGUGAUGAACUCUUUGAACUGGUCCUGUAUACUGAACAGACAGGCAGCUGUGCACCAAUGUCCUGAAAUUACCCUCCGACCGGCUUUAAUUUUCUAGUAAUUGGGUAACUGUUCCCCACAUGCCGCUCAUUGUGUAAGGAUACUAAGUGUGUUAAGGCAGAGCAGGGGUGAUGUCUGUCUUGUGACUGCUGUUUUUAAUUUAGAGCGUGAUCAGCCACGUCCCUUCUUACUUGAAGGUUAAUUCUGUCUCUUUUUACCAUGGGAUUUUUCUUAAUAAUUUUGACAUGGAUCUUAAAUAAUCAAUUUUAAUCCUGCUAUUAAAAUGCCACUGUAUUUUCCUAACAUUUUAAGUACAUAAACGGACAAUAAAAAGCAACUCUUAUCAGUGUCUUCAUUUGGUUGCCAGUUGCAGCCAAUAUAAUGUGUGAGAACCCUCGUGUCAAGAGUUUGACAGAGCACAAUAAUCCAGAGUCAGUCUUGAAUGAAAUGAACAAUAAACGGUUUAAACUUGACACAUUUCAGAGACUGUGUCGUUCUCAGGAGUGGGUGUCCUGGUUAUGGUGUCUAAUCUGAUGUCUACUCUCUCUCCCAGGCAUUAAGACCGCGUUUGUGAAGCAGCAUUCAGACACAGCGUUCAUCGCAGCUCACUGUGAGAUGAUUCCCAUCGAGUGGGUCUGCCGCAGAGUUGCUACUGGAUCCUUCCUCAAGAGGAAUCCUGGAGUCAAAGAGGGUUACCGUUUCUCCCCACUGAAGAUGGAGAUGUUCUUUAAAGUGAGUCUGAGACCCAACCUCCUCCAGUGUGCUUUUUUUUUGUCUUCCAGAUUUGCAAGUCAUCAUGCAAACAAGCUGCAUCUAAACAAAACAUUUUUGUUAGUUCAUAAAUGAUAUUACCAAACACUAAAUGUGCAAUUAAUAUGGUCAAAACAAUCUGCAAAUAGAAAAGUUGCUGCAAAUUUGUUCGAAAUUCGAUUGCAGCCCUUUCCCCCACAUCAGCCAGGACUGAUACUUGACUUAGGAUGCCCACACACUCUAAAUUCAUUUUUACAAUGUUUCUGCUGUAGGAUGAUGCCAACAAUGACCCCCAGUGGUCAGAGGAGCAGCUGCUGGAGGCCAAGUUCACUCUGGCUGGACUUACCAUCGGUCAGUGUGAGGUGGACAUCAUGAACCGCAGUACGGUCGCCAUCUUUGAGAUCCUGGAGAAGGCCUGGGCCACUCAGAACUGCACACUUGUGGAUAUGAAGGUACGAGCAGCAGUGCUGCCCUCUGCUGGUCAGUCUGGAGUGUGGCUACUUUUAUGUUUCUGCAAAACUAGCAGGUUAUUGUCCUCCUGUGUAGAUUGAGUUUGGCGUGAAUGUGAAGACCCAGGAGAUCGUCCUUGCUGAUGUGAUCGAUAAUGAUUCCUGGAGGCUGUGGCCGGCUGGAGACAGGAGCCAGCAGAAAGAUAAGCAGGUCAGGACCUCUCUCUAUGUGUCUUUUAAUAUGGGGAAGGUUUGAAAAGUACUUUUAAAGUUGAAGUAACCUCACUUGUUUUGCAGGUGUACCGUGACUUGAAAGAAGUCACCCCUGAGGCGAUGCAGAUGGUGAAGAGGAACUUUGAGUGGGUCUCUGAAAGGGUCAAGGUAUGUUUUAUUUUUGAAUUUAUAAGUGCUGAUAUCAGGUCAGCUUGCUUUUUUAACGUGUAUUAAGCAGGGCUGAGCUAUUCAUUGUUUGUAUGGAUGUACUGUAUGUGAUUAUUUUUUAACACCUCAGGAAAGGGUAGAAAUUCUCUGUGUGUGUCUCUGCUUAAGAUUUUCUAAAUCUUUUGCGCCUUUUUCAACACUCUUUGGGGGGGCAGGAAAUAAAACCCAAAGUUUGUUUAAAAUUCGGACUUUUCUUUUGUUUGUUUUUCCGCACAUUAUUGUCUGUGCACUCUUGGAGGUGUGAAAAACGAUCACCUAUAAUUAAGCGGUGCAGCUCUGGUGGGUGUGUGGGUUGCUGGAUUUAGAAGUCGUGCUGUAAACUGUUUACUGUGAAAAUCUGGAGAAAAUAAACCUGGAGCUCAGGGCCUGACUGGAGUUUAUAAAUUCUGUGUUUUGUCUGCAGCUGCUGCUGGAGCCCCAGGCCAGCGGCAGGGUGGUGGUCCUGAUGGGCUCCACCUCAGACAUGGCUCACUGUGAGAAGAUCAGGAAGGCCUGCACAUCCUAUGGGAUCCCCUGCAUCCUCAGAGUCACCUCAGCUCACAAAGGACCGGAUGAGACUCUCCGCAUCAAAGCUCAAUAUGAAGGUGUGUUUUCCACCUUUUUUUUCUUUUAAGUGCAGGAGUUCUCCAUCUCUCUCCCUCUCUGCAAAACACCUGUUGAUCAAUUCUCCAUCAACUAUCAGGGAGCAAUCUUGCCUUAUGUCUAAUGAAUCUCUGAUGAGAAUUUUAGAUUUAAUUCCUCUGUGUUAUUACCAGAGAACUGAAGAGCUUCGAAAUUCCCCUGACAAAAAAUAAUCGCACAUCAGUAUAGCUCUCUUUCAAACUGAAUUUCUGCACCUUUUUACAUUUAAAACUGAUUUUGGUUCAUCUUGGUGGUGCUGUAUAUCUUCCCAUACAUGUGUGGGUUUUCAUGUAAGUUAUUUCCACCUCAUACAACAUGUGCCUAUUGCCUAUUGAAAACUGUAUUAUCUUACCCUCAGGUGAUGGUGUGCCCACUGUGUUCGUGGCUGUAGCUGGCAGGAGUAACGGCCUCGGCCCGGUGAUGUCUGGAAACACUGCGUAUCCUGUCAUCAACUGCCCUCCUCUCACCCCAGACUGGGGAGCACAAGAUGUCUGGUCCUCCCUCCGCAUGCCAAGUGGUAAUUUAUUAGUAUUAGUAUUAUUGUCAAUAAUCUUGCUAGGCACAGUUAAAUUGGAUAAGACAGAGACAUAGGGGGAUAAAUAUCAAUGCACAUUACAUUGACAACACCCCUUUUCGUCUCCUGCAGGUCUUGGCUGCUCCACGAUCCUCUCUGCAGAGGCAGCAGCUCAGUUUGCAGCACAGAUCUUUGGGCUGACUGAUCACCUGGUGUGGUGCAAACUCCGGGCCUCCAUGCUGAACACCUGGGUGUCCCUGAAGCUGGCUGACAAGAAGCUGCAGGCCUGCACCAUCUAAAGUGCUCCCCUUCAGCUCUUAGAGCUCCAUCAGUCUCUGUUUACCGUAGAACCCCAUUAACAUGUACUUUUUCACUUUAAUCAUUCCACUGAGGAAAAAAAAUAAAAAACUUCCUAAUUAAA